GCGGCGGCAGGGGCGGGAGUGGGUUCAGGCGGGGCCGGGCACAGCCGAGCAUCGCGCCGCGCCGCUCGAUCCCCCGCCGAGGCGCCGCAGCCCGCGCCCCGAUCCCCUUUCCACCGCCGCAGUAUUUACCUUCCCCGCGCCAGACGCCGCACCAUGGCCAGCACACAGCCACUUCCUCCUCCAGUUGCAUGGGCACAGAGGAAAAAUGUAAUUUUCCUCACAAUUUGCCUUGAAGACUGCAGGAAUCCUGUCAUAAAAUUAGAAGAAAAUAAAAUAUUCUUCAAGGGUACUGGUGGAACAGAAAAAAAAGAUUAUGAGUAUACUUAUGAACUUUUUAAGGAGAUUGAUACAGAAAAAAGCCGCAGCUUUCCGCGUGACCGCAACAUAGAACUUAUUUUGGUAAAGAAGGAGGAGGGACCUUACUGGCCACACCUACUCAAACAGAAGGUGAAACAGCACUGGCUAAAAAUUGACUUUAGUAGAUGGAAGGAUGAAGAUGAUAGUGAAGAUGAGGGAGAAGGUCAGAAUCAGGAUCUUGAGGAGAUGAUGCGUCAGAUGGGAGGCCUAGGUGGGGGAGACAGCCGACCCACCUUGGAUGACCUAGAAGAUGAAGAUUCAGAUGAUGAUGACCUUCCAGAUUUGGAGUAGUCACUCAUCUGCCUUGUGAGGCCUUCAUAUACAACCUGUUGGUGGGGGCAAGACAGUAACAUGUCACAUCCAACUGUGCUGCAGCUUCAUGUGUUGAUGUGCAUGAAUUCCAUUUCCAUGUGCUGAAAACAACAGUGUUAAUGAGUGGAAUAAUGUACACCUGGACUUGGGGUCCCAUGCAAUGAGUGAUCAGUGCAGAUGGACUAAUGUCUACCCUUUGUGUAAAAACUUGACAAAGCCCUCUUCAGUUUGCACAUUUUGAAGGUAAAAUGUAACUAAGCUUGAUUUUGCUAACUUCAUAGCCAUUGAUAGAGGGGAUGAAUAAGAAAUCCUACUGGUAAGGAUUUUAGUGGAAAUUCUUCACCAGGCUGUUUGAACAUAGUCUUAAAGUCAUUAUUCACUAAGUGAAUGGAUCUUUAUUAUUUCUUUUGUAUGCACAUGAACAUCUGUUUUCUAUUAUUUCUUUAAAGAGAGACGCAAGCAAAUGCAAAGCUUUUAUGAUCAAUAUUGUGCAUUAGACCAAAGUGGAAAAGUUUUAGUUGUUAGUUAUGUUUAAUGAGAAAGCUGCAGCAGACUGAUGAUUGGAAAUAUGACUGUUGAUCAUAUUGUUUGUUUUUGGUACAUAUAUAAAUGAAUAACAAAGUUGUCGCAGUUAAUUUCUUACAUUUUUAUAGGGAAUGCAUGAUGACCUUUCCAUGUGUGUUUUUAAGGAAAUGAGACUGCAGGUAAACCAUUUAGAGUGCAAGGUAGUAGAGUUCCCCAGUCCUGUAUACAUCUUUGUGUUAUUAACCACUUAUGGAGGGUGUGGGAUUGACUGUUAAAAUGAUUUUCACAUGUGACUGAAAAAGGCAACUUAAGUAAUUCCAUGACAACUUAAAUUAUGCAAAAUUUAGUGUGUGAAUUGAUGUCAUCUAGAUCACAUGUUUCUGUCAACAAAAGUCCCGUAUACCAAAAAGUCAGUUUUAAAUACACAGACCACUUAGUAAAA